AUGAAAUGUAUUUCAAUAUUUAUAUUUGUUGUAUUGGUUGUUACUACUGUUGUUGUUAAUACACAAACAACAGUUGACACUUGUACAUACAUUGAUAAAUAUGGGUAUUACUAUGACUUGCGUGCGCUAGCUGGUCAAGACUUCAACGCUGAAAUCAAAUCAAUUUUUUCUAGUGAUUGGACCCAAUUGUUUUCAGUCUGCUCUAUAAACACCGAAUGUCAAUCGAAAUAUAGUUACCCAGCUGCUAGUGGGUGCUCGUAUUGGGGUGCAAAUAAACAACUCGAUGGUUUAACUGCUGAAGCCAACACUCAACGAUUCGGACCUGGUGUUGUCCCAGGCACUGGAGUGAACCUCAUUUCCGACUCUACCUCUAGUACUCUCAUCGUUAAUAUGGUGUGCAGUGUCGACAAGAAGAAUUCGACUUGCAUUGAAGCCCCAAAAAAAACAUAUACAUGUACCAUCUACUCUAAAGAAGCAUGUCCAUUCUAUCAAGCCAACAUCAUACCAGCUACCUCCACUAUCCAAGUGUCUUGUCAAGGUGCAAGUGGAUACGGUCCAACUACAAUCCCCUAUACCGACUAUCAAUGUAGUGUACUCAAUACCUCACCAUUACAAUCACAAUACGUCAUGUUGUAUGCAGUCGUCAGCGGUGACACCAAGCUUGUCGAUAUCAAUGGCGACUAUUUACCACUUUAUAGUAAUGGUACGGGUCUAUGGUACCCUUCUCAAGCAGUCUCUCCUCUCGUUCCAUCCUCCAAGGUCUCCUUUAGUUACACAAUAGAAAAUAAUCAACCAAGUCCUCGUUUCUUACCUGUUGUUUUAUCUGAUUAA